AUGUCUGAGGAAAAUGAUAACGUGGCUCCACUAAAUAAGGACAAGAAUGAUUUGAUGCCGGAUGAUCAGAAAGUAGAACAAGUCAACACUGAAAAUGAUGAAAAAAAUCCAAUCGAUGCACUCAAUUCUUCUGUUCGAAGUAUGCACAAAAUUUGUCAAGAGUUGCUCCAAAAACAAAAGAAUCUUGAGAAGACCAACAUGGAGAUCAUCGAAAAGCUGCGCUCCGCCGAAGAAAAAAUAGAGAAACAAUCAUCGGAACUCCAACAAAUUCUUCAAGAAAUUCAACUCAAAUCUACUGAAACCAAUGAGGAAUCAGACGAUUCUACGGUGCCACUUGAGAACGAUAACUCUCUGAAUACGGCUUCCAGCGAUUUCACAAAAACUACUAUUCCACGUGAAAUUAUGCCGACGACUGGAAAAUAUUUUGUGUUGAGACAAAUUUUUAAAAAUGUCUCGAAUAUGAAAGAAAAUGAAAUUCGAUGGUCGGAAAUUGAAGAACACUUUGGCGUUGCAUGUAUGUCUAUGUGCCGGAAAAAAGACUUUCUUUCAUUCUGCUGCUUACAAUCGACGGACACUGGAAAAUGGAUGAUCGAAGUUAGGCAACAACUAGUUUUAAUAUCGAAUCGAAUCGAAAAAGUGCGAGAAGGCACUGCGACAUUCACAAACAUCGGAAAAAAGUGUAACACUUCGGGAUGGUCAUCAUUUAUGAACUGGGCGAAAUCGCAAAAAGACUUCCUUCUGGAUGAUCAAUUGACAGUUGAAAUUCACGUGAAAAUCAAGAAAACAACUGGUAUUUACAAAGAUAAUCUGAGAAGUUUCGACGAGACAAUGGAAGAAUUCUCGGAUGUUGUACUAGUUGUCAAUGAAGAGAAAUUCUACGUUUUGAAAAAGUUCCUCGCUGUCCAUUCUUCAUAUUUCAAGUCACUUUUUUUGGGACAGUUUCAAGAAUCGAAGAGAUCUGAGAUCACACUGACAGGAAUCGAUGCGGAUGACUUUCAGAACUAUCUGGAAUUGCUUUACGGAGACAAUCCAAUUGAUGAAAUCACAGUCGAAGGAAUUCUUCUUGUCGCUGAUAUGUACGACACUCCGCUGGUCAUUCGCAAAUGCGAGGAGUUUCUAUUGAAAGAAUCAAAGAAAAAGCUGAAGAAAAAGUUUCAAAUGUCCAUGAAAUACCAUCUGGAAGCAUUGAAGGAACAAUGCCUCGACAAGAUCAAAUCGGUCGCUGAUAUUCGAUCCGUACUGCCAGAGGAUAUUCGUGAACUGGAUCCAUCGAUUAUGCCAGAACUUCUCAAAAAAUCACUGGCUCUUCACAAUCCUCAAUGA